AUGAAAUUUCACUUCCUACCGACGACGGUGCAUCUGGUGCUGGUUUACCUACUUCCGGUGCUGAUUGACCCGAGGCAAACCGUGGUCCGGGCGGGUGACAUCAUCGACAUAACGAGCACCGUGUUCGACAAGCUGACCGAUGCGAUUCCGGCCGCGUACGGUGAUUUCAACUCGGACGAGCUGACCGACGUGUUUGUGUUGCGAAACAACUUCCACACGCUACAGAUACUGCUCGGCAGCGAUGACAAACCGCUGCUAAAGGAAGGCCCAAAGUGCGAGUACAAGCGGCACAGGAUCACCAGCAUCGUGCCGGGCGAUUUCGAUGGCGAUGCGUACAUGGACGUGAUGUUUACGGUGCAACCGGACGAGGACGAUGCGCGCACCCACGUUUACAUCAACUGGGGUGCGGCAGAGGUGAUGAACUGUACGGCGGAAGACGAAAGGCCACUGAUCGAGAUGAUCGGUCAACCGUUGGCGCUGGAUUACGAUAACGAUUUCAUUAUCGAUCUGUUCGGGAUGGAUCUGGAGCGGAAGCGAACGUUUUGGAUCUUUAAAAAGCCGGACGAUCGUGGACAGCGGGGCCAGUUUACGGUGCAGAUGGAGGGAACACACGGUGCGGAACUGUCCGUACCCCAUUCGCAUGCCGUGCUCGAUCUGAACAAAGACUUUACGGCCGAUCUGUUCCUCACCACAACGGACGGGUUUGAGGUGUGGCUGGGUGUAAGUAGCCAGACGAAGUUUCACUUUAGCCACAAGAUAAGCUUCCCGGAGGGAAACUACAACAAGCACGUCGGACGCGCCAUCUUUCUGGACGUAGAGCUGGACGGAAGCUUGCUACCGCUGUUCCCAAUGUGUUUCGAUGCCAAGUGCGUAAAUUCGAGCAUUUUCGUCCAUCACGGGAACCAUCUGCACGAUUUGCAGAUCGAUUUCAAGGACGACCACAAUGACGCAUGGCACUUUGUUGUGCCGAACAAAUCGAACUGGGCCACGCAAAGUAUUACGCUGCGCGGAGGAGACUUCAAUCUCGACGGUUAUCCGGAUCUGCUCGCAACGCUUACGAAAUCCGGCGAUCAGAUGCAAACGUUCCUGCUGGAAAAUGUCCCGUGCGAGAAGAGUGCCUGCAACCACAUGACGCGCACGUUCGUAGUCCGAUGGAAAGCUCUGGCACCGUUUUCGAACGGUACGAUGAUGGGAUCAUUUUUCGAUUUCUACAACGACGGCAUACUGGACGCAAUUUUCGUCGAGCGGUACGGGAAUGGAACACGUCCGGUUGCUUUCCGCAAUUCGCUCGAUUAUGAUGCGAACUUUGUGAAAGUGAUCGUACUGACCGGACUAAGCAAUAGUAGUGGGCCAAAGAUUUUAACACCACUGGGACGUAAAAAGCGUACCUUCGGUACGAAUCUACCGGGUCCACGCAUCGAAUACAACACAACGACCCAGGACGGUGAACCUCAGCACGGUGCCUCGGCCCAACUUCCCCAGUCGGCUUACCUAUCGCUGCAUCUACCAUUCACAACGUUUGGAUUGGGCCGGACGCCUAACUUUGUCGACUCGCUCACGGUUGGGCUGUGGAAUCAUUCGCGCACCUGGACCCAGCUGAUACCGAACUCGCAGAUGAUCGUUGUACCGAAUCCGAUCGAGGAACCGGAACGCUGGAAGGCGCAGCUAUUCGUUACGCCCAGCAAGCUGAUCGUGAUGAGUGUGAUUGCGCUGGGCGUGAUCUGUCUGGUGAUACUGCUGCUUAUACUUAUCCUGUACGCGAAGGAAAAGCGUGAAGAUCGGAUACAACGGUCGCUGGAGGCGCAUCGGUUCCAUUUCGAUGCGAUGUAAGACGAUU